GCGAGCGGCGCGGGCGGGCGCGGGGGCGGGGGAGUACGGCAACACCUCUCGCGCGAAAAGUUGACCUCUACCGACGAUGAGGUUGACAGGGGAGGUUGCCCUUGUUGGACUUGUGGCGCUCAUGGUGUGCGGUCUGUGUGGGGAGGCGGGCGCGACGAGCUUGAGCCGUAUGACAAGCUACGGACCGGUGACGGGUGCAGUGUCCAAGGCGUAUCCGUCGGUCAUUGCCUGGCAGGGCAUUCCAUUUGCUGCGCCUCCUACAGGCGAUCUUCGAUUCAAGCCACCGCAGGCACCCAAGUCAUGGACGGAGCCUUUGAUGACGACCGAUUCUGGACCUGGCUGCCCGAUGUAUGUCGAGCCUGUGCUGAAGGGAACCGAGGACUGCCUGUAUCUCGAUGUCUACGCGCCGAUCAACGUCACGGCGGAUACCCAGGUUAUGGUCUUCAUCCAUGGCGGCGGGUACGUCAUUGGCAACGACUACCACAAAGGGCUGUACGAUGGCGCGCACCUGGCGGCCAAGCACGGCGUCAUUGUGGUGGCGAUGAACUACCGGCUCUCGGUGCUUGGCUUUCUCGCGCUCGACGCGCUCAAGGUCGAGGCCGGCGGUACGACCGGCAAUUACGGGCUCCAGGACCAGCAGCUUGCACUCAAGUGGGUGGCAAGCAACAUUGCGGCGUUUGGCGGCGAUCCGGACUCUGUGCUGCUGUUUGGCGAGUCGGCGGGCGCCUUUUCGCUCUGCUGGCACCUUGUCUCGCCAGGCUCCAAGGGCCUGUUUGCGGCGGUGCUCUUUGAGUCGGGCAACUGCGACUCGCCGUCGUUCUUUCGGCCGUACGAGUACGCGACCAACUUUUCGGCGGGCUACGCGGCACAUGUCGGGUGCGAUCCGGAUGCACUCUCCGAGGCGGAGCUGCUGGGCUGCCUCCGUGCGCUGCCUUUACCCAAGCUUAUCGACGGCGGAGUGCUCCUUGCUGGUGGCAGCGGCGGCAGCGUUGGACGGUUCCCGCCGGAUGUGUUCUGGCCCAAGCUCGCGCCGAUCAUGCCGUGGGGCAUUGCCAUCGACGGCUCGCCAGCUGGACUGACAGGCGUGCCUUCUAAGCUCAUUGCGGCCGGCAAGGGGAUGUCGAACGUGCCGUUGCUUAUGGGCACAAACCGCAACGAGGGCUCAAUCUUUCUGCCUAUGAUGAUUGCGAUGGUGCCCGGCAUUGACGUGCUCCCGCUAUCGGAGCGGACGGCGCUCCUUGUCCUCUCGCACUUUUUCAACAGCUCAGUGGUUGCUCAAGCGCGCGAGCUCUACCCGCGGUACGCGUACAAGUCGUGGGACAAGAUGGCAAGCGCGCUGCUGACCGACUACUUUUUCGUCUGCUCCGCGCGGCGCAUGCUCCGCGCCUUUGGCGCAGCUUACCCGGGCACGCCGCGGUACACGUACCGCUACGUGUACAAGACCGACUCGCCGCUGUACCCAGUCUUUGGCGACUACCACUCAUCCGAGCUCAAGUUUGUGUUUGGCAACCCGGUCCACAACAUUCCCUUUGACAAGACCGACUGGACCAUGUCCGACAUCUUUGGCUGGUACUGGACUAACUACGCCCGUGCCCACGCGCCUUCGGGCGCAUCGCCCUCGUCUGUGGACCCGUAUCCGUUCUGGCCGCAGUGGAACGAGACUGCCCAGAUCACCCAGCUCCUCGACGUCCCUGUCGGCCAGGAGGCCUUCCUCGACGACGUCGUCUGCGACUUUUGGGAUCGGGUCAAGGUCGACUACAGCAGCUGAACGUGGAGGAGAGCCAAGUUAAACUCUUCCCAAGUUCUGA